AUGGGCCAGGAGCCAGCAGCAGAACCCCUUCCUCCGUUCGUCUCACAACUCAUCCCCCGCGACGGGAAGAUCCAAGUGAUCCGACAGCACCCCACACGUCGUCAAAUGUCUUGGCGACACUCUGAGCACCGCCCCCCUCUCAUCCAACGCCUCCUUUCUUUCCGCCUCAACGCAUACCUCCCAGACACGCCAGCAGCCUCCUUUUACCGCCUCUACCAGUUCCUCGUCAUCGACUGGACGAUCCAAUUCCGCAACGAGCUGGAAUACUUCUGGGGGCAACUCGCCGAUUUACCGGACCCCUGUCCGCCGGGAGACGAGUAUUCGGAGGAGGCGAAGAUAAGAAAGGCAGUUAUGGCGGGGCUGACUUGUGUCAUGGAGCAAGCAUACAAUAGGUUGAUCUCCAAGGGCCUUCCGCGCGACGCACCUGCCGUCGUCCAGGAUUGGGAAGAACUCAAGGCCCGACCACGAAUACUAGAGAAAAUACCAAAGUGGGCCGAAGAUUUGGAACCUCUUGACACCGUUGUCGAGAUACCAGACAGGUUUGGGACAAUGCCCGCAGACAAGGAGGUACCCGAGUCGUUUGCGAGAUAUGGUGUUAGGAUCGCCGAACCACAUUGGGUGUUUGUGUAA